CCCCGCCAUCACGUCCUACUUCCCCCUCGCACAAGUCAACCCCCGCACCUCCUAUCAUGGAUCCGACUACAAUCGCCCGCAUAUCCCGUCGCAAGCUCGCCCUGGCAGCGAUGGAGGCCUCAACGCGCGACAGCUUGGAGCUCCGCAGAGUCGUUCUCAUCCAGGGCGCCAUGCACGCGGCUGCUAACGCGUCGGCCGCUACCCACCGCCCGCCAUCCCCUCCUCGCGCUCCGCUAUCACCGGCACCGCCACAGAUCGUCGUUUCCCCUCCCCCUCCCCCGCCGUCCCCUCCAGAGCCUCAGUUCCAGUUCCCCUCCUUCGGGCUCGAGGAGCUACAGGCAGAGGAGCGGUGGUUUGAUGCCGUACUCGACGAGCUCGAUCAAGAUAUGGAUGAGGAGGACGAAGUGGACCAUCUCAUAACAGUGCACACAGUCCAGGAAAGCACGGACUCGAGCUCAGACGGUACCGUUUCUGAGGCUGGUUCGGAGGGCAUGGACCUUGAAGAUCUGUUCUACCCACCGCCGCCACCAUACUCUCUCAUCCCGGCCUCAGCACCACCACCCGAAGAACACCAGGAGAGCGAACCGAAAGCGAUAACGUUCGACGCUUCGCAUCCCCCUCCGCUACCAGACAGUUUUGCCGCUGAUGCAUGGGACGACUACGAUGAUGGCUCGGAGAAGGUUUCCAUAGCUACCCUGUUCAGUGACGUCGACCUCUCCUCUGGAGUGUCGACCACUGCGACCCUCACUAUCUCUGCCGCAGCUGUCGCAGCCGCUUCCAGCACGCAGCACCAGAAGCCGCAGAAGCUAGAACGGGAUUACGGAAGCCGUAAAGGAAUGCGUAGUACUAUGCCACCUGGAUAUGGCAUGUAUCCCCCUAUCUCGCCCUAUGAACUCGUAUGGCCCGGAAGGUAUGACUACGACGCGGUGGUCUACUAGCCUCCGCCCACUAAAAUGUAAACACCCCGCCGAUCAAGGAUCGACAACAUCUUGCUACACCCGCCUCCGUCUUGGUCUCCGUCUCAUCGAUGUUCAUCCUCGUCUCUCUCUGGUAUCCUCGUCGGUCUCAUCUCGUUUCUUUCUCGUCAAUCUUAUUCUAGCACACAUUACUACUGCACGCCUCUCCUCCCCUCCAACCCCUCGUCCAUGCUCACGCUCAUCAUCACACACAUUACUCCGGCCCAAGCCUCCGUCAUCGUCUCCCCGGUCUCAACUGUACAGCUGUAUCCACUCUGCUUCCUUUUCUCUCACUGUAUAGCCCCCACCUCACUGGUUCAUAUCUCCUAUCCACUUUCCGUACCUUCUCCUCCCCUCCCACCUGUUUCUAUCUCUGAC